UACACUCAGGCGUCCAUGGGGAGGACUAUGGACUACUUGGACUCUAGCCUCGCUGGGAACUGUACCGAUCCUCCGCGAGGUGGCGAGAAGGCGUACCUCUCUCCCAGCGCCGAGGAUAUGAUGCGGCAGAUCGCUUACCAGAGCCUGGAUCACUUGAAGGCGAUCCAGUUAUCUCUUGGAAGUAACAAGUCUUGCAACCGGCCGGGGAUCGACGUGAGCUGCUCCAGGUUUAGCAGGAUUGUCAACGAUGCUAUGGGACACACACUGUGGCCGGAUUUCGACUGGUACAAGAACGACUACACCACACUCUUGGGAGCUUACUGGUUCUCUGGCCUCCUCACCAAGUGCUACACUGGUAUCCUUGACAGAUGCGAAGGCCCAGCCACCAACAGACUCUGUGGAUCCCUCGCCGCUGCCAAAGCCCGGCAGGAGAUGGUGAUCAGGACGGUGCUCUACCAGAACUUCCAGCACAACGUCUAUCCAUACAAGAUCUCGGUGGCGGAGUUUACGAACAGGCUCUCGCGGUACAAGGACAAGCUCGCUGGGAGCAACGGGACUGCGGACGAGGGGCUGUGGGUUCCAAGCUGCCUGGGAACUGGCGGCUCUAACAGCAAUAUGUUCUCGGCGGAUUCGUACGGACUCCCCUUUAGCUACAACGUGACCGACGGCUGCGAUGUUGUCAAAGCGGUCCUCGGCCCAAUGGCGUACAAUUACAAGUGAAUUGUACGGAAUAAAACUAAUGCAUUAAAGUUUUCGGGGA